GAGCCUGCGAGCCCACGGCUCAGGAUGGUGGGGGCUGCASGCACUCUUCCGAGCGGGUUUUCCAGGGACAGCUGGAGCUGCCGGCAGGGUCAGGAUGUGACAUCACUGACCGGACAAAAACCCUCGGCCCCGGGUUUCUCUAGCAAAACCCCAGUGAGCGCCGGAGCGAGGCGGUUCUCCCUGCUGCUGCUGCGAUCCCCGAGCUGCCAACAGUCCCGAAAGAGAGCCCGGCUUGAACUUUCAUCUUUCUAAUAUAUUUUUUUCUUUCGUUUUCCCUGAACAAGGGUAGAAAGCGCAGCGGAGGGAUUUGAGACGGGAAGCCGCCGUGCCGGGGAUGAGGCCUGGAGCGCUCGGUGUUUGGAAUUACGGCUCUGACAACAGAGUAACCACCCGUGGGACUGAAGCAGAGCUGUCGGACACCACCGAGGCCGUUGGAUCCUUCUUUGCAGCGCUCGCAGCAAGUUACUGAUCRCAGCAGCGAGAUCUCAGCCCCCAGGAAUGAGAAACCUCCAUCCCUGAGGACCCCAGCCUUGGGUUUCAUGUUGCUCUGAGCCUCUGCCUUCAGCCUGGCUGGCCCUGCCUGCAAUGGCUCUGUGUCUCAAGCAAGUCUUCAACAAAGACAAAACAUUUCGUCCCCGAAAGAAGUUUGAGCCGGGCACGCAACGCUUCGAGCUGUACAAGAAAGCYCAGGCCUCCCUCAAGUCCGGGCUGGACCUGAAGGCAGUGGUGCAGCUGCCUCCUGGAGAGAGCAUCAACGACUGGAUCGCCGUGCACGUGGUGGACUUCUUCAACCGCAUCAACCUCAUCUACGGCACCAUGUCGGAGUACUGCACCGAGAGGAGCUGCCCCAUCAUGUCCGGCGGGCUCAAGUACGAGUACAGGUGGCAGGAUGACAGCAAGUACAAGAAGCCCACCAAGCUGUCGGCCCCGCAGUACAUGUGCAUGCUGAUGGACUGGAUCGAGAUGCUCAUUAACAACGAGGACAUCUUCCCCACCAGGAUAGGUGUUCCCUUCCCCAAGCAGUUCCAGCAAGUUUGCACCAAGAUCCUCACACGCCUCUUCCGUGUCUUUGUCCAUGUCUACAUCCACCACUUUGACAGCAUCAUCAACAUGGGUGCUGAGGCUCACGUCAACACCUGCUACAAGCACUUUUACUAUUUCAUCAGGGAGUUCAGCCUCAUUGACCACCGGGAGCUGGAGCCUUUGAAAGAAAUGACAGAACGAAUUUGCCACUGAAGUCUUCUGGCAAGUGAACUCAGCUGGCUCACUCAGAGUCUGGUGGGACAAGACACCCUGUGCUGGGACACCUCUUCCCAAGGAGUUGUGCUGGGCAUUCCAACUCACUGAACUAUGAACACUGCAGAAGAUCCUCUCCAGGCCAGGGCUGACUUCUGAGUCUUCCAAGAACCUCUGGACAGAUUUUUCUUCUUUUAGUAGAUUCCAGUCUCUGUGUAUGGCUCCUGUUUUAGAAAGCCACUGACUUACUGGAGUACAAGGCAAGUCGGGUUUACUUUUGCACACUUGGAUUUCUGAGACUCARUCCUAUGUCUGAUAUCAAAUUUUCAGCGACCUUUCCUCUUGUUUUGUCCUCAGCUAUAUUGAUCUCCAAAUAUUUUAUUAGCAAUUCCUGCCCUGUSAGCAGGUGUGACCUUGGCCAGCAUGUAAUGCCUGUUGCCUUUCCCACACACAAUGGGUUUGUGAUAACCCCUGAGAUCAGCCCUGCAAAGCUGRUGGCAUUUCAUCCCACUGCCUUCCUGUGUCUAGUUGUUGAUGUGCUGUUUUUAACCACGAGCUAUGAAUGUCUCCUUCUGCCCUAAUUCAUGCUUUACCAAAGGGAUCAUUUUUCCCUUUAAGGGAUUUUUCAYAUUUGGAAGAGGGGACUUGAUGAUGUUAUAAGAUGCAUCCAAYGGUGCUUGGACAAAUGGCAAGUGGCCCCAGACCUAGGAGGUGAACUAGGCCACUACUCAGUGUGAUCAGCACUGUCUACCGGAGAAAGAAACUGAUGGAAAGAAACUGUUGCCAGAAAAUAACAUUUUCAACAUAUCAGCAUUUCCUGAUACAUUGUCUUGGUUCAAGAUGGGCAGAUGUUGGCUGUAGAAGUUGUUGGUUUUCAGUACCCAACUUUACAGCAGGUGAAGGACUCUGACAUCUCCUCUACUCUGYUCUUUAGGUCCCCUUCUGACACAAAAUUAUUCUGUGAUUCUUAAACCUUUUUGACCAUCUGCAAGCAUACUAUUGCUACCUGGUCUGUGUCAUUACUCCCCUGAAAGGUAUCAUGUCUCAAAAUUUCCUCUCUUUCUGUUUGCAGUGCCUGAUAAUUAGUGUUGUGUUUCCUGUGCCAUUUUAAUUGUGACAAAAAUAUUUUUCUUUUUUUACUCUUUUGKGGGUGUGAAAAGCAAUUCGUCUGAGCCACAGAAUCGUUACAUUUGUGUUUCCUGCUCUUUUUCUGGGGAAGUUUUCUAUAUCUGAUAUAGAUAAUAUUUAUAAUCUGGAGUUUGCCCAUUUUUGGGGUAGGGGGCAGAUCUGGCUAGAAAAUGUAAAUAUUUAGGCCAACAUUAAAGUGCACACAUGAAUUUUUAGUGCUCAAAGCACUUAUUUUGUUGUGAUUUUUUUUUUAAAUCUUGUGUACCAGAUGUAUAUUUUUACAUGAAAUAAAACAGAGCAAAAUGGAYACAAAACUACCUGAUACAUCAUUCCAAUAUUUUCUGUGUAAAAUAAUUGAAGUCCAGACAUACUUGUUUUGUUACUAAGUAAAGAAACAU